AUGCUAGCAAAACAAAAUAUUGACACCUCAUCUUUGAGUGCAGACAAACCUCUUUUGCUUCAAUUAUUUUCCAGACUCUCAAAUUCUGCUAACUAUUCCACAACAACUAGUAAUAUUCAACAAACUGUUUCUCAAUCACCAACCCUAACAAAACAAACAUCAUUCUCCACUUCAUCACCUAAAGUUAUGGAAACUAAGACUUCAUCUCCAAUCAUUUCGAACAUCACAAGUAGCUCUCCUGUUAAUGUUGAACCAUCUCCAAUUCUCACCAACAUGACUGGUUCAUCAUCACAAAAUAACUCACCAAUGAUAAGCCAAGCAACUCUUCUAGAGGACUCAUUCGAAGAAGAACAAUUGAGUUCAACCAUGAAGAAGAGAACCAAAAAGAAACCAAAUGAGACAUCUCCAGAAUCAAGCCCAAAGGAAUCUAGUUUGUCAGAUGCUCCAACUAUUUCACAAAAAUUACCACCCCUCAAACCAAUAACCCAACCAGCCAACAAGUCGCCACCUAUUAUUGAGGAAAAACCAAAACCAAAGUCUGCCUUCCUGACAAGUGUAUUUGAAGAGGAUUCAGACUUGGACAUUUCAGACAUUGAUUCUCCAACAAGUCAAAAGAGUUCACAAAGUCAAAAGAGUAAUCAUAGUCAACAUUCAAAUCAUAGUGCAGGAAAACUUAGUAAUCAUAGUAACACGAGUCAGCACAGCAAUCAUUCGAUUCACAGUCAACACAGUGAUCACUUUGGUGAUCAUGACCAUGAACAAUUGGAUGACCAUUUUGAUAACCAUCAUGGCCAUGAUAUUGAUGAGUUUGCUGACAAUUUUGAGGAAGAUGUUGAUUUUGGUGAAGAAAAUUGGGAUCAAGGAGAAGCUAUUUCUGAAUUCUCAGGUGGUAGUGACUUUAAUGAUAACUAUUCUGAUGAUUUUAAGGAUAAUGCCAGUAAUCAUUCACUUAAUGAUUUCAGCGACCACACUGCCCAUUCUGAGAAUUUUGAUGAUGUUGAAAAUGUUUUAGACGAAUCAUUCUAG